UUUGCCAAUUCCAAGAAAUACGUGUCAGAGGGAAGGGAUUGGAAAACUCUAACGAGCCAAAAGACAGACCAAAUCUUCACUUACGUUUUCAACGUCGUACGGUAGUGAGUUAGUCUGUUUCUUUGUAAGAGAAUUACUUAGUAGUUUUUUUGUGAGAAUCAAUCUGCUGUGCGAGACCAGAGACAAGGGCGAAUACACAAUGUAAUUGGAAUAAUUCGUUCUCAUAUAUAACCUACUCUGGCCGCUUGUUUCAAGUUUGUGAGCUACCUCACGCUCCAUAUCCGCCCUACCUCUUUUUAUAAGGCGAUCUGCGCCUGAUCCACGGAGGACUCCAGUACAAGCGAGAGCUUAUACCAUGGACCGCCGCAAUAGGCAACCCAUCUCUAAGAAUCGCCAUCGAGUCCUGUCAGGAUUCAUCCAGUUCCUAGAAGACGCCUUUAAGGAGAUCCUGGAGCCACUGCCCACUGCCGAGAUGCAGGCUCUGCACUUGAACGAAAUAUCUUCUCCAGAUAACCCGGUCAGCUCCGACGUAAAGGAAGGACAGAGUUUGAAAGUGCGCCCACCAGUCCGAUCGGGUGCUUUAAAACCUGACGCACCUCAGGGACUAACACCAGCCAAGAACAGAAGGCGGCACGUGUCACGAAGGGACCACCCGACUACCACCUCUAGAAGUACGUCGUUCGAACCAGUAACCCGCCGCUCAAGAUGCCGAGGUAGAGCCAGGCGGAAGUCAACUCCAUCUCUUCCUGCGGCUGUUCGCGAAUAUUCCCGAUGCACAGCCACUUCAGUACUAUCGCCGCUGAUGUCUCUCUCUGUCAGCAAACCUCAACUGGGAUCUUCCACCGCCGACUGCAAAGGUUUACUCCAGUAUGAUUCGCUGCCCAAAACCACCCCUCAGUUACCGAUCUUCCACAAGUCACACCAUGAGCGUCCCGCAUUAUCUCUCCAGUCGCUCCCACUCCCAAAUGCCACUCCGGCAAUUCCACAUCAACACGACAAACCCUCCUCCUCGUGGGCCUGCUGGAAUUGCUUGGAAAUCGGGCACCAUUAUUCCAGCUGCCCCCAUCCUAGGAACUGGUUCUGUUAUGGUUGUGGCCGACGAAAUUUCACUCUCAGUAAAUGCCCUGACUGCUCGCACCAGUAUAUCCUAGGAGAACGGCGCUCCUCUGUAUAUACUCAUCCUGCCCACAAUGGAUACCCAGGCUAGACAGCCCUUUACCUUUAUACCAUGCUCCCUUUCCGAGUCUAAUGCUCAUUUACCAUUCCCUUAUUUUCCGAUCUCCCUCAACCUAUUGUUUCCGCUAGAGAAUCGCUUCCCAGAUAAUUCUGUAUUGCUAUUCGAACUCCCCUAUUCAUCUCUAGCAAAUCCUAUCAAAUCCACUUAUAAUCCUCCCCUAUAACCACCCCCUGGAAGGCCUUUUACCUGUCUACCUGUGCAUAAAUAAGUGAUGUACAGUUACCUUG